UUUUCUCUUUUUUUAAUCCGCUUCUUCGGCUUCUUCUCUGCCGAAGGUUUUACAUGUUUCCGAUCGGUUUCCAGACCAGGAAAAAAAGGACGAGCGAACUCUUGAAAUCUAAACUCAUUUCUGUCCCACUGCUUCUCAAAUUGAAAUUCCGACUCCAUAAUCACUAAACCUUCGCAGGCAGACCCUCUCCUUUUCUCUUCAGAGAGGAACAGGGCUCUGCUUUGCAGAUCAGAUCCAAAUACUACGAUCUGUGUUCUACAUGCGCUGAGAAUCGUCAGUUUGGGUUAUUAGGAAAAACUAAAGGAUGGGCAUAUUGUUUACUAAAAUGUUCUCUUCACUAUUUGGCGACAAAGAGGCCCGGAUCCUUGUUCUCGGACUUGAUAAUGCUGGCAAAACUACGAUUCUCUAUCGGCUACAGAUGGGUGAAGUUGUGUCCACGAUUCCAACAAUUGGAUUUAAUGUCGAAACGGUGCAGUACAACAAUAUCAAAUUUCAAGUAUGGGAUCUUGGUGGACAAACAAGUAUUAGACCAUAUUGGCGAUGCUAUUUCCCGAACACUCAAGCCAUAAUUUAUGUCAUUGAUUCAAGUGACACUGAUAGGCUGGUGAUUGCUAAGGACGAGUUCCAUGCAAUUCUCGAGGAGGAAGAGUUAAGAGGUGCUGUUGUUCUCAUCUUUGCAAACAAGCAGGAUCUUCCUGGUGCACUUGAUGAUGCUGCAGUUACUGAGGCUUUAGAGCUGCACAAGAUUAAGAAUCGUCAAUGGGCAAUUUUUAAAGCUUCUGCCAUUAAAGGUGAAGGUCUCUUCGAGGGCUUGGACUGAGAAUGUGCCGACUCUACUUGAAAAAUAUUGCAACAUCAUCUACUGUUGAUUCAGUCAAAGGAUCACCGAGAAAAGGAGGAGGAGAAUAACCGUACAAUGCCUCAAAUGAUCUUCUUGAUGGCACUGUAUAGCAUGUAUUGUACCACCAUUUGACCAAGCUUAGCAACUUAUGCCAUGAAACUGUUGUUAAUGCACCAUGCACCUGAAACAGGCUUCCAAACACUUGUUCAAAGUUCAGUUUGACCAUCAAUUGGAAGAUGAUUCCCUUUGAAGCAUUGUAUGGCUUUUUGCCUACUUCCAUUCUAUUCCAUUGUUUAAAGAGGAAGACACUUUUGUCCAAGUUGUUGAAGAUGUUUUUCAGUACUCAAUAUAGAAUCAAGCAACAACCUGACAAGAAGAGGUUUGAAGGAGAGUUCCAGGUUGGAGAUUGGAUAUAUCUUCAGUAGCAGCCCUACAGGCAGACCUUUGUACCUAUCAGGAAGUCUCUCAAAUAGCCUGCCAAUUUUUUGGACCUUUCAAAUCAUUGCAAGUGUGGGACAAGUAGCGUACAAAUUCCAAUUAUCCUCGCUACCAAUAUUCACCUAGUAAUUCAGGUUUGUUUGUUAAAGAAGAAUCUAGGGGGUAACAAUUAUCGUAUACUAGGUCUUGCAAAUCAAAUCGUUGACAAGCAAGGACCUAUUAAAUGGCAGAUUUUGCCUGUUGAGGAUGCCAUUUGAGAAGAUCAGGUUUUCUUGUUGUCAGUUUCUUCAGUUUCACCCUUGGGUAUAAGAAGGUCCUCAAGAGGGAGAUAAUUUUCAUAUAUGGAAGAAAUAAACAGAAGGAGAGGGCAGAAAUUGUGGAAAGAAGGAUUAGUUUUGGCAUGGAAAUGCGAAGUUGAGAGUAUAUGAGGGGAGAUAUAGCUGUAAUAACAUUCAUUCAGAAAAUUAAUAUAAGAUCAACUUUUGAUAUAAAACUUGGCUGAAUCUUGUGCAAAGUAUAACUCAAAUCAUUUAGUCAUUGAAGAAUCAUCCAUUAAUUGAACUCAAAAACACUUGAAGAAUAUUAACAACUACUUAUAACUCAAAUAAGAACUGCGCUUGAGAAUAGAACUACUUUCAUUAACAAUCUAAAAUACUAGAUAAAAUGAAAUCAAUGACACUUUAACACGAGCAACUUGUCUUAGAGUUUCUCAAGCAUAGGCUUAGGAUAUUACAAGUGACAAACCUAUAAAAUAUUAUUUUUGAAAAGUUGGUGUGGUCAAAUAUGGAAAUGGUGCUUUUUCCAAAUCCACUGUAGAAGUGGUUCCCAAGGUUGCCAAACAUGUAUUCAUGUCACCUCCAUAUUGGCUGCCGCCUCAAUUAAGGCGGCACAUUAGCUCUUAUUUGCCUUGCCAGUAUGCCACUCUCCCAAAAGAGCUCCAAUGCAUUCAGCUAGGGCUAUACCUUCUUGAACUUGUAUGUUCAUCAUUCUAAAGCCCUCUUCUUGGCUUGGAACUUCUUUGGCCAAAUGCUCAAUCAUCAUGUUUUGCAAUGCUUUGGCUUUAAAUCUUUUGAGGACUCUUUUGAACUGUGGUGCUACAGUAUCCAUCAUGAUGUCCUCAUCUUCUUUUGCCUUUCUCUUCUAGUUCUUCUUUCUCAUCAAUUCUAACACUCUUCAUUAGUGAGAUUCUCUUAUUGAAUACAAAGACUAACCCAAGAGGGUCAUGAACAAUAAAACUAACUAUACGUAAGUGACUCAAAACAUCAAAGCACCGUAACUGGUCCGACAACUAAGCAGGUUUACCAAUACCCUUAGAUGUAGUAAUAAACUUUGUUAGGCUAUGUAGCAAUAAACUUUGAUAGGCUUCCUUCUCAAUAAAAGCUAAGUUAAAAGAACUGAGGUUUAGAAUUGAAAUUUGGAGAGAAAAUGAAAGAUUAGGGACUCAAACCCAUAAGAAGGAGAAUAGCUUUUGAGAGUCAAAUUCAUAGCUUUGGAAAGAAAAAACAAAGUAGGGUUAACCUUUGGCUUGGAUGAAGGAUAAGAAAUUGGAAAGAGAAUAAGGACUUCAACCCUUGGCUCUCAAAUCAUGAAGAAGGUCAGGAGAAUAAAUAGUCUUAGAGCUUUUAUGGAAGACUCUUUUUAUUCUCCUGAAUUAGGUUGUUUUUAGAAUAUCAGGUCUAUCCAUUCUUAUUUGGUGAUAUGCAGCUCAUAAAUCAAACUUAGAAGAGUAGGAUGUCUCAUGAAGCUCAUGUAACAAUUCAUCAAUCAUGAGAAUAAGGAACUUAUUUUUGACUGUACUGUCAUUGAGCUUUUUGCAAGCUAUACAAAUUCCACAUUUUCUCUUUAGCAACACUAGUGUGUUUUUGGAGAUCUUUGCAAUUGGAAGCUAACAUCUCAGCAACAAGUUUUUCAAUUUCUGUCUUUUGGUAGUGUGGGUAGAUAUUAGGUCUCACACUGAUUGGUUUAGUCAUAGGCAUUAAAGGGGUACCAUGGUUAUGUUAUCUAAAAGAGGGGGUGUUUUUGGCUCCUCAAACACCACAGCAUAGUCAUUUAGAAGUCAUUGAAGUGAGGAGCAAUAGUGUACUUCUAGAAACAAUUGCUAUCAGCUUAGGAGAAUGAAAUUAAUGUCUCCUUUGAUUACCAUGAACAAAGAAAAGUUGAGAGUGGAAGUCGCCUCCUUGUUUUUGUGGCAACUGAUGAAAGAUUAGCGCUAGUUUCAUCACAAGGUAACAGCCUGUGAACACCCUAUCCUCGAUGCCUUCUUUAGAAUUGUAGAUACAGCUUUCUUCUCUCUAUUCCUGCUCUCCCUAAUAUUUCUUCCUUUUCUUCUCUAAUGCUUCUUUCUUCCUUCCCUGAAAUUUUUUUGCUUCUUCUCAGCAGAUUUUCUUCUUUUUGCUUUCUUUCUUCCUUGAAAUCCAGAUUU